GCUGGAAAUACCAUAAAAUACAACACAUAACAAUGAGGAAAUAAGCUCUGAACAUUAUAAUCUCACAGAGACUCCUACCAAAGUGAGGAAGUUAAAGUGUGUGAUGACCUCAUCUGUCAGUAUUUUCAGGGAAGUGGAAAUCAUGCCUAAAGAGCAAGACACUUGUUUGAGGCAGAGGGUGAAAUAGAAUCUACUCAAGCCAAACACAAAGCACCAUGGCCUGCGCCGAUGUUGACAUGGACAUCCACGAAGACAGGGAUCCGCACACAAGAAGCGACCAAAGAGACGCGAUGAUAAUACGGCAGUACCAGGCUACAGAGAUGAUGCCGGAUACGAAAGGGCCACUGUAUGACCUGCUGCAGAAACAGCCAGCUGUAUUGGGGUCUCUGCAGAUGAUAAGUGGCUUCCUCAGCGUGGGAGUGGGAAUUCUUUUUUCUGUAACCCAGGAGAUGAGAGAGUCCCUUUUCACCCUGUUCAGAGUCUCCCAGAUGACCGGAGCUCUCUUCUUCUUUGCUGGACUCGUUUCCAACUUGUUGUUCAAGUAUCCAGCAUUGCUGAGUGCGUCGCUCGCUAUAAACUAUGGAUGCAUCAUUGUAGCUGUUGUUGCAGCUUGUCUGAUAAGCGUUGACCUGGCUCACUGGAAACCAGAAAACCACGAGCAUUUGAAGAUAGAGGUGAUGGAGCUCUGUGUGUUGGGCCUCGAGGUUUUCCUCUCUGCAAUCCUCUGCUUCUGGUUUUCUAAGGAGAAACGUGCAAAAUCCAACUGAUGAGGCUGCUGAAGUUUUCUGAGAAGAAAGUCAAGAAUUUCUACUUUAAA